GUCAUUUUUUUCUCUUUCCCAUGACAGUAGGGAUUUUUGUCUGUUUUGCUUAUUGCUCUAUCACAAACACCUAGCACAGUGCCUAGCGCAGUGGGUAAUGAGUAUUUAUUGGUUAAUGAAUGAAUUGUGGGAGAUCUGCACCAAGGGAACAUAUGGAGACAGACACUAGAUCAAAUGUCUCCUUUGUUUGCUCAUGGUAAAACAUUUGACCAUCUUCUUAAUCUUACGUGGUAAAAAAUUCCAUGUCUUUUGUUAAUUGUGAUAUAUGUCUUAGAUCUCUUGUGAGAUGUUUUAGAUCUCAGGGAAAGCAUUCCUCACUAUUAAAGCAUUAAUUUGGUCACUAGGGGAUGAAUCCAAUCUUAUUUUCCAAAUGUUAUCCUGUACAUUUGGCAGUCUUGCUAAGUUAUAGAGAAGGAAGUAGAGUCUAUUAUUUUAGAUAGAAAAUUCCCGGUCCCGACUCGCAGUGGUCAAAGUCCUCAAAAUUCUAAGAUCAUAACACAUAACGUCAGGAGGAAAUAUGUGGCUAUUAAUCAUACUAAUGAUAGUGAUGAUGCAAUAAAAUAAUUGUAAUAUGCUAACACCAAUUGUAUCUUAAAAACAGGUACUGGAAAUUCCAUCUUGCAUUCUUCCGUUUUUUCCUGUUAUAGAAAAACGCACUCCCUGAUACUCAGGAGAGGAUCAACUUAUUUCUAGUUAAUCAGCAUGAACGUUUCCAGCAGAAUAGAUGCUUUGGUGUAGCACUUGCCUGGGGGUCAUGGUUAGCAUUCCGCAUUUUUUAGAGAGCUGAAUUCAGCAGCCUAGAAAACAUUAGAAAGAACACCUUCAAACAGCGAACAACGUCUUGGGGGAAGAGAGUCACUGCCUCCGCUAGAGAUCCCGAGGAGAUGCAAAAGCAACAACAAAAAAAAACUCGUGGAGAGUAGACUCCACGACAUGCGCAUGCGACGAACUCCCGCACUCAGCACGGCAGGUUUCGUCCUUCAUCUUCUCAGUCGGCAGGACCUGCUUCUCGCUGACGAUGAGUGAGGACAGCUGCAGCUCGGCGGGGACGGCCCGUUAGCCUAGAGCGCCGGCACCCGAGUCCGGCCGCCGGAGCCGCGCCUGGAGCCGCGGUGGGGGAGGGGCAGCGGCGGCCCGCGCUGCGUCGAGCUUCCCAGAAUUCCCAGCGGCCGCGGGGAAAGUUUACGGGAUGUAGGCGGCGGCGGCGGUAGUGGUAGCGGUUAUGCGGCGGCCCGCGGCGGACCAUGGCCCUGGCCCGGCGUCGCUGGGCUUUCCUCACGGCGUCCCCGAGCAGCGUCGCAGAGCGGGCCGACUUCCGGGAAGGAACUGACCAGCGACUGAGCGGCGGCCGGCGCGCUUAGCGCCCUGAACAUGCGGCAGUCCCUGCGGGCGACCCCGGGCUCCGGACAGGCGGCGGCAGAGGCGGCGGCUCGGGAGGGAAGGAGGCGGCGGCGCCGGCGGAGGUGGCGGCGGAGACGGCCGGCGCCCGGCGCGGAGCCCUAGGGAGGCAGUUCAGCGCGGUCUCGGGCCUCGUCGAGAAGGAUGCUGUCCCGAAAGAAAACCAAAAACGAAGUGUCCAAGCCGGCCGAGGUGCAGGGGAAGUACGUGAAGAAGGAGACGUCGCCUCUGCUUCGGAAUCUUAUGCCUUCAUUCAUCCGGCAUGGUCCAACAAUUCCAAGACGAACUGAUAUCUGUCUUCCAGAUUCAAGCCCUAAUGCCUUUUCGACUUCUGGAGAUGGAGUAGUUUCAAGAAACCAGAGUUUCCUUAGAACUCCAAUUCAAAGAACACCUCAUGAAAUAAUGAGAAGAGAAAGCAACAGAUUAUCUGCACCUUCUUAUCUUGCCAGAAGUCUAGCAGAUGUCCCUAGAGAGUAUGGUUCUUCUCAGUCAUUUGUAACGGAAGUUAGUUUUGCUGUUGAAAAUGGAGACUCUGGUUCCCGAUAUUAUUAUUCAGACAAUUUUUUUGAUGGUCAGAGAAAGCGGCCACUUGGAGAUCGUGCACAUGAAGACUACAGAUAUUAUGAAUACAACCAUGAUCUCUUCCAAAGAAUGCCACAGAAUCAGGGGAGGCAUGCUUCAGGUAUUGGGAGAGUUGCUGCUACAUCUUUAGGAAAUUUGACUAACCAUGGUUCUGAAGAUUUACCCCUUCCUCCUGGCUGGUCUGUGGACUGGACAAUGAGAGGGAGAAAAUAUUAUAUAGAUCAUAACACAAAUACAACUCACUGGAGCCAUCCUCUUGAGCGAGAAGGACUUCCUCCUGGAUGGGAACGAGUUGAGUCAUCCGAAUUUGGAACCUAUUAUGUAGAUCACACAAAUAAGAAGGCCCAAUACAGGCAUCCCUGUGCUCCUAGUGUACCUCGGUAUGAUCAACCACCUCCUGUCACAUACCAGCCACAGCAAACUGAAAGAAAUCAGUCCCUUCUGGUACCUGCAAAUCCAUAUCAUACUGCAGAAAUUCCUGACUGGCUUCAAGUUUACGCACGAGCCCCUGUGAAAUAUGACCACAUUCUGAAAUGGGAACUCUUCCAGCUGGCUGACCUGGAUACAUACCAGGGAAUGCUAAAGUUGCUCUUCAUGAAAGAAUUGGAGCAGAUUGUUAAAAUGUAUGAAGCAUACAGACAAGCCCUUCUUACAGAGUUGGAAAACCGAAAGCAGAGACAGCAGUGGUAUGCCCAACAACAUGGAAAAAAUUUUUGAGCUGAUUUUUUAAAAAUUUAAGUUUUGUAAGAGCUUUAAAAUAUUUUCACAGAUAAAAAAUUGCAAACAAGUACUCUGGUUAAUAAAUGCUGCUUCCUUUGUGGAAAUUAUAAAAUUCUAACUUUACAUGUAUUUUGUUAUUAGAAAUUUUCUUUUAUUGAACGAGAAAAAUUAGUCUAUCAUUUUAAGAGCCAAUAUGGCAAACACUUUCAAAUACUGUAUAUUAGGAAACUGUUUUGGUAUUCUUGAUGGAAAAAAAUGCAGCGGAAAUGUCAUUAUGAACAGAUGUUAAAUAGGAAAUUAUUACUUGUUAACUUCUCACAGCAGUAGUACCUUCUUUAAAAAAAAAAAAGAAUCUGCGGUAUUUUUUUAAAAAAAUGUUUACUGCUCUAGUGUGAAAUAUUGUCUGGAAAGGGAUGGUUUAAAUAUUACCAUGAUGUAGUUGAAAUAUAAAAUAGGAUUUGGAACCUUAUUGUGAUAAAUAUUUAUAUAUAAUGUAUGUUUGUCUCCCCUCUCCAAAGUAAGGAACCCAGCUGGGCGUGGUGGCUCACUCCUGUAAUCCCAGCAUUUUGGGAGGCCGAGGUGGGUGGAUCGCUUGAGUUCACGAGUUUAAGACCAGCCUGGGCAACAUGGUGAAGCCCCAUCUCUACAAAAAAUACAAAAAAAUUAGCCGGGUAUGAUGGUGUGUGCCUCUAGUCCCAGCUACUUGGGAGGCUGAGGUCAGAGGAUGGCUUGAGCCCGAGAGGCAGAGGUUGCAGGGUCAAGAUCGCACCACUUGCACUGCAGCCUGAGAGAGAGAGCCAGACCUUGUCUCAAAAAAUAAAAAAUAAAAAAAUAAAAACAAAAUAAGGAAUCCUUUUAAAGCAUGUUGAGAAAGUAUUUUUUGGUAUGAAUGGGUAAAGGGCCUUUUAAUCUUUCAGAAAUACAUAUAAGCAGAAAUACUUAGCCUGUAUUGGGAAGGUGCGUGAAACUCAAAGUUGCUAACAUCAUCUUCCUUAUUUUCAGCCAGUGCUGUUACUGCAUUUAGCAUGGCUCUGACGAGGCAGUGGAGAGUUCCUGACAGCAUAGCAUACUGCCUUCUGACAGACUGGGUUAAGCUACCAAAAAUGACAAUCAGGGAUUCAAAAAAAAUUUUUGGUCAUUAAAUCGAAUGUAUAUUAUUACUUUUUAAUUUUCUAAGUAUUUAUCACAGGACUUUAACACCAUAUAUUUCCCUCCCAGUUUUUCUCCCCCUUUUGGUUUAAUAGUUAAAACAUUUUUCAUAAUUAGCGCUGUACACUUGAUUGCAAACAAAUUGGUGAUACUUCUAAACUAUAACUAUAAAUCUCUAGAAUUCUGUGAAUUUCAACAUUAUUUGAAGUAGUUCUUCAGUUAUAUUUACAUGUGUUGUAAAUAUGUAAAUAUACUUUUAGCUUAGGAAGUCUUCCAGAAUACAAACUACUCCCAGUUAGAUAUCAGUGAGUUUGAAUAACUGAAGAAAUGUUGACAAUGUUAAGUGUUUGAUUUUAUAUAACAAGCUUAUUAAAUAUAUUUUUGUGGAAA